CAGUAACACUGCCUUAUCGAGAAUCGCGGUGAGGAACACGGAUAAGUACACCCGAAUGGGAGCGAUGUGGCACCCCUGGCUCUAAAACCCGGCUGGUACUCCCUGCACCAGAUGCAGGGAUAGAGGAGAAGUACUUAGUCCUACGCGGAACCCCUCGCCUCCAGCGUGUCGCCUCUCUCCCAGGAUUGAUUAGGAACAUCAGGUCUUACCUCACCAUCCCAACCUGACCUGGAAACCUGGAAAGCAGUGCCACGGCGGAGGCUGACGUUGAGAAAUCCUGAUUAUUGUACAACUGAGAGGAGGAUGCGACUCCUUUCAUGGGCCGAGCCGAGAUUGACGGGAUGUGUACUGAGCGGUACACAAUCCUUCUUAGGUUCUGAGAGUGACUGCGACGACUCCAUGUCAAGACGUAGUCCGUCCGUCUGUCCAGGAGGCUGCGUCCGGCGUCUCGCAGUGUCGCCAAGCGCUCGGAACCUCACGUUCCAGUCAGACGCCUCGGCGGAACCUCAGACGCUACUAAGGUAGUCUCCUAGCAGCCAUAAUGCGGUCUGGGUGCCUUCGAGGUUCCGCCCCCCCUCAUGAAUCUACCGCUUAUCUUCAGGGCUGGGAGGGGGAGGUGGGGGGGAAGUGGGGGGAAGGGGGGUCAGGAGGAGGAGGGGGAGAUUAUUCCGUCUGAGCUGGCUCGGCUAGUACCAGCUAGGCUAUAAAUAGAAGCUCGAAAUCGUGGUCUUAGCACGUUUGAGAUCAACUCUCUUCUCUCCAAGCGUAAGCACGUGAGCUCGGCUCGCCUCUGCCUUCACCUACGGUAGCGUCCUAGCCGUCCCUACGUUAGUCGUGGGUCAGAUUCGGUUUCGAUUCACUUCCGAGUCCAGCCGAAGGAAGAGUCAUGGCGCCUCCGCAGGUGUUCAAGCAGUGGAUGCAGUUCAAGCCGCCCAUGGCGCUGCUGCAGUGCGCGAUCGCGGAGAUCGUCGGCACCAUGUAUUUCGUCUUCCAGGGCGUCCUCUGCUCCGCCGUCACCACUCCUGGAGCCAAGAUCGAGCCUCUCACGACCGUGGUCAUCAUUGCGUUGGGUAACGGCGUGGGUUACGCGCUCGCUGUGGCCGGGACGAUUGGCAUUUCCGGGGGCCACCUGAAUCCGGCGACCACCGUUGGCAUGCUGGCGGUGGGGCUCAUCGACGUGGUAUCCGCGGCCGUCUACAUCAUCGGCCAGCUCGUGGGUGCGCUGGUCGGCGUCGGCCUUGCCACGGCCGUCUUGCCAUCCGCCCUCAACAGAGUUCUAGGCGCGGCGUCGCUACCUGCAGGCACGUCGACGGGUGCGGGUUUCCUGGGAGUGCUUCUGUUCACCACCCUCCUCAUCUACACCGUUUUCGCCACCGCCGUGGAUCCCAGGGGCCCUAUCGCAAUUGCACCCCUCAUGAUUGGCCUUUCCAUUCUUACGACCACCGCCGUGGGUGUGCCUCUAACGGGGGGGACCAUUAACCCUGCACAAGCGUUUGGAACGUCGGUGUGGCAAGGGGUGUGGACAAACCACUGGAUUUACUGGCUGGCGCCGAUUUUGGCAGCCAUUGCGGUGGCAGUGCCGUACUCGGUGGUCUAUCUCCUGCCGCUUAGCAAGAAGAGCAUGGAGGAUGAGAAAAUUGAGGCAGUCUAGGUUGUGUUCCAAUGCUCUGGCGCAAGGGAAAAGGGUUGCGCGUGAUGCAGAAGUGUUGGUAAGCUUGAAUAGUUGGGAUGCCAUUUGCUGUCAAUAUGUGGUAAUAAAAAAGUCCUCCACGUUUCUUGGUUGAUCAGUACUGAACGUUAUG